AUUGGAGUCAAUGGAGUUGUCGCAACUCUCUCUUUAUAUGGCUCUGGUCCUACUGACUGUUUCAGAUGUGACGCAAACACGCUCAUGCAUUGGAUUCAGUCGGCGAAAACGGUGUAAUCAGAAAGCAAUCUGAAUCGAUUUAAUUAGCAACACGUCCAGGUGUGAUGUGCAUGUGGGUUACUGUCCAUAAAAUGAGAAUGACAAGUAACUUGUAAAUAGGUUGGGUGUUUUUAACCUUUUUGCCUUUAUUUUAAUACGUAACUGUUCCGCCCCUUUCAACUUCGUAAACGUUCAGUUAGCACCCACGUUACUGCUAAGCUUAAAAUCAAUUAUUCUUUAUUCUUAUCUUACUAAAUUUACAUUCGCUUAAGAAAUAAGUCAGGACAUGAUUUUAGAACUGUUGUACCACGCUUGGCAGUCUGUAAUUUGGAUUUUAAUGGAAAAACUCUUCGCUCUAAAGUCAUGCUAGCUGUCUGAGUUGGACUGAAAUGGACUCUGAGUCGAAUCCAGCAGUUGUUCUCACUUCUAAGGCGGAAAUGAAGUGUCUGGUGCUCUGAGGUGGGAGUCUGUCGUAACCGAGCUCGCAAUGAAAUCUCUCGUCGCGCGCUCCGCGUUCUACGUGGGCUUUCUGGUGGGCACGUGCAGUCUGUACCUGUUCCUGAGUCAGUUUGGGUUCGCGCGGAUCUUCGCGUCUCGUGAGACCGAAGAACCCGGGAAAAGACUGCAGGAGAUGCUGGAGGAGGAAAGCAAGAACUGGAAGAAGGAGAGAUCGGCUCUUUUCAACCUCAACCAUCCGCACCAUACAGGUGAGGAUGGAACAAUAGCUGAUGCUCUCUAUAAGAGAGUACGCAUUCUAUGUUGGGUUAUGACUGGUCCUAAAAACCUUGAGAAGAAAGCUCGACAUGUGAAAGCCACAUGGAGUCGGCACUGCAAUAUUGUGGUCUUCAUGAGUUCUGAGGACAACCCAGAUUUUCCCACGGUUGGCCUGAAGACCAAGGAGGGUCGGGAUCAGUUGUACUGGAAAACCAUCCAUGCAUUCCACUAUGUCAUGGAGAAACACUUGGAUGAGGCAGACUGGUUCCUCAAAGCAGAUGAUGACACCUAUGUGAUUAUAGACAACCUGCGAUGGAUUCUGGCCAGUCACUCACCAGAUGACCCAGUGUAUUUUGGACGGCGGUUUAAGCCCUUCGCGAAACAGGGCUACAUGAGUGGCGGUGCUGGCUAUGUGCUCAGUAAAGAGGCUCUGAAGAGGUUUGUGGAAGGAUUUCGCACCAAAGUGUGCACGCACACUUCCUCUGUGGAGGACCUAGCCUUGGGUCAGUGUAUGGAGAAGAUGGGCGUUUUGGCAGGAGAUUCCAGAGACAACAUGCAAAGAGAGACAUUCCAUCCUUUCGUACCUGAGUCCCAUCUCACUGGCACAUUUUCGAAGACAUUCUGGUAUUGGAACUACUGUUAUUACCCCAUUGUGCAGGGGCCCCAGUGUUGUUCAGAUUUGGCCGUUUCUUUCCACUAUGUUGACUCAUCAGUCAUGUACCUGCUGGAAUACUACACUUACCACUUACGUGCCUUUGGCUACAAAUACCGCUAUCAGCCCUCUGAACCCAGUGUCAUACAAGACUUUAAUCCCCCAGCCCCAGACAAAGUGGAGAUUGGAGAGUCAGAGCAAGUGCAAGAGCUGGGGAUAGAAGCAUAGAAAAGGGAAGACAAAGCCCCUGAACCUGAGAAAAAGCUAUAGCAGCUUUUUGUUUGACUUUUUAAAAACAUUUACAUUUGAAAUCUUCUUCCUAAAGAACUGUUUUAUGGGACAACUGCCUGUGAUUUGUAUUUUAACUUUUGUCUUGAAUUUUAUUGUGCCACAGAAAUGUGUGCAUGUAUGUGUGGUUUAAUUAACUAGUAGUUAUUACUAUUACUGUGUGGAUGGGUGUUCCUCUUAAAGCAUUUGUAUAUGAAUGUCUCUAGAUAUUUGUAUGACGAUACUGAAUUGUAUUAUAUAAAGGUUGACAGAGCCUGCCUUAAUGGAAUAAGUGAGUUACUCCACAAGGGGCGGACUUACUCCAAAAAGGGGUUGCUUCAACUCCAAAAUGGUGUCACUACCACUCACGUUUUAAGUUAGGUAAAGGUUUAUGUAAGGGGCUCCCUAUUUCUUUAAUGGCAGUGUCCCAUUCUUUUGCCAAAAAAAAGGGCCUUGAUUUCUUUUCAUUUGCCCUUUCCCCCCUCAAUUAGUGCCUCUGAUCCAGAGAAACCAUGACUUUCUUUAGGUCCCUGGACCACUUUUCCAUUCAGUGUAUGCAGUAAUCUAAGCAAAUGUUUAAAUAAUAAUACUAAGUGUCUGUAGAGCUCGUAAUGUCUCUCAAAUUAAAGCUUUCAGGUAAAUUCAGUAAACACACUUAAGCUCUAGCAGUGUUUCACAACACCCACAACAUUUGCCAAAUGCAAGGUGUAGAACUUAAUCAAGAUAUAUUGAUGUUAUCCUAGCUAAACAAGAAGUAGUCCGUCAGCACCAAUAAGCCAUUCUACCCUUCUCUGAAAUUCAAGAAAGCAGCAUGAAUGCAAAUUAGCUCUACUUGAAUAUCCUGUUGGUUGGCACAAUUGUUGUUCAUGAGCUCUUGGGAUAGAGGUUUAGAAGUAAGGUAGAUACGACGACUGAUGUAUGUGCUGUUGUUUUUCUCAACCCUGUUGGGAAUUGUGGUCUUGUAAAUGAGCACCAUGUUACAGACUGUGAAGCCUGCAGGAUGUGAGCUAUUGGAUUCUACAGACAACACGACACUUAAACUAGAAUAAGACUAUGAAGCUUUUAAUUUAGGGUCGAAUUUCAGGGUUGCCCAAUUCACUCUUGCGCACCGACUUUAAUUCACACCUUUUGCACAGCAACUUCUACAGCACUCUGUGUAUGCCAUAACAUUGUGAUUCAGUGUGUGAAUUGUCUCUCAUUUCUCAAAUGUUUGCAUAUCUGUGAAAAUGUGCAGGUUUUAAUGCGAUCAGAUUAUUUCAUUGUUAAUAGUGUUAAAUGCAUUUUCUCAUCUUCCUUUUAAAAUACAUCUUUUUAGUUUUUAUAAAGAUUGAUAUUUAAACCUUAAGCAGAGGCAGCAAAACAGGCUGUGCUCUUACUCUUUCCAGAAGUUGUGGUUCAGAUGUUCACCAGAGAAUGCUACAUUCAUUCCAUCUUUACCUACACUUGAUUAGCCAAUAUUUUGUUUGCGUCAUUAGUUCUUGACAUAAACAAUUAUGGAGGAAUUCAAAUAAAAGUCCAUAUGAUUUUUACAUGAACCUUAUUUGAACUGAAAAUAAAGAAGUUUGAUUUGAAUUCAAACCACUGUUGCCCUGUGACCACUCCAAGCACAAUUUUGUAGCAGUUUUUGAACAGAAUGAGGUUUUAGAGACAGGACAGCAUCUCCUAAGAUCAAUGUAGUAUAUUCUUGGUGAAAUUAUCCUUAUUUUAGUACCUAAACAAAUUCUUUGUACAUCUUAAAAAUUGUAAGGGAGUUUUCUUAUUUAAAAGUCUUCAAGUGUAAAUGGUGGGAAUUACACUGUUCUCUGCAUAGUAUCAGUGCUAAGCCUCACAAAGCAGUUAUGUUUUAUUGUAGAAAAGAGCACUAAUGUACUGUUGACACAAGGAGGAAAAAUACUUUACAAUUC